AUGUCUCAAUCUGAUUCCGGCGCAACCAACACCACCAUCGAGAAGGGGGGAAACGCCGAGCUCGACGUAAUUAAGGUGCUCGAGGGGCAUCUGUCCCCGGACUCUCUUCGGGAUCACAAACCGCGGGUGCCUCGCUCUAAGAAGGAGGCGCCUAGGAAGGCGACAUCUGGCCCAUCCCCAUCUGAGCUCACCAAAACAGAGGCGCCAACGACCACGAAAGCAUCGAAGGCGCCCGCCGUUGCCAAGGCCUCAAAGACGCCUGAAACCUCUGCUCAAGCGCCCUGCACCACCAACCAGAGUAAUUUUCCUUGUCCCUUUCUUCUCUGA